AUGUCUGUGCUUGAGAACAAGCACAAGACGGGCUCUUCGCUCCGGACCUCACUCGCGGCCGUCUCUCGUGGCGGACAGAGCGACAGGGUUGCGAGCGUCCCCAGCACCUCGACCCUCCGCCAGGCCCAACAUGGCGAGAAACGACGCCCCUGGCAAGCGACAGCCGACAGCGAGCGUGCCUACGGCAGCAACAGCUUUCGGCUGCUCCUCCUGCUGGUCGCCCAAACGUCCGCCUUUGCGUCGUACGUGCAAGGUUGGACCCGGGUGGUAGACGUGCAGCCCGUCGACUAUUGGUGCAUGCCCCCGUCUAAGUAUUCGUACAUGUCCACGGCCCAGUGGUUUAACGUCGGCAUUCCGCGUCGCCCCGACGGCAGCUACAACCAUUGCGCGUACUACGAGCGGCCCCGAACCGCGGUUUCCGAGCCCAGCGGCGCCGAGGUGCUCUGCGACCACUGGCACUACAACGUGAGCGAGAGCACACACAACUUGCUGGUCCAGUGGGACUUGGUCUGCUACAGGACCUGGCUCUUGGACGUCGCCGAGGCCGCCUUCGUAAGCGCGAGCGCUCUAUGCGCGCCUUCCAUGGGACUCGCUUCGGACAUGUUCGGACGGUGGCCCGUGCUGUACGCGUCGGUCGUCGUGCUCUUCUGCACUGGGGUGACCCAGUGCUUCGCCACGACGCUGGCCUCGUACGUCGUGCUACGCUUCACGUCAGCGGCGUCCGCCAGUGUCCUGGAGCUAAUCGCGAUCGUCCUGCUGUUCGAGUCGACGCAGCUCGCCCAACGCGACUCUUUCGUGGCGCUCGCGAUCUGCUUUCCGACGAUGCUGGUUCCUGCCUACGUAGCCGCACUGAAUUUGUACACGCGGGACUGGCGGAUCCUACGCCUUGGCGUGGCUGCACCUUCGCUGUUGCUGAUCGUCUUGGUUCACUUGACCAGCGAGUCUUUGGACUGGCUCGUCGUCAACGGUAGGACUAAGGAAGCCGAGCGUGUUCUGAUGUGGACCGCGCGAUCGGACCGCGCAGAACCUGGCCGCGUUAAGGAUAGGCUGAGCGCAAUAAUCGACGCUCUCGCACUGUCCGGCGAGCGGCCAGCGACGGUCGCCGGCAGCCCCAACUUUCGCGUGCUUUUUACCGGGCCCAUGCGCUACCUCUCCCUCUGCACCUUUGGCUGCUGGUUCUUUUCGUACGUGGGAUAUUUCAGCCCCAGCUACGCGGAGGUUCACGCCCACGUCUACGAUCUUAGAAAUUCCAAGCUUGCAAGAAAGUUUGCAUAA